AUGCAGCCCGUCAAGGUGUACGCCGACCGGCGGUCGCAACCCUCCCGAGCUGUCAUCAUCUUCUGCAGGGUGAACCAGAUCGAUUUCGAGGAGGUCACGGUGGAUCUGUUCAAGUCUCAGCACCUCACCCCCGAAUUUAAAAAAGUAAACCCCAUGGGACAGGUACCUGCAAUUGUUGAUGGAAGAUUCAAACUAUUUGAAAGUCAUGCUAUUUUGAGGUAUCUUGCAUCGGUGUUCCCUGGAGUUGCAGAUCACUGGUAUCCUGCUGACUUGUUCACUAGAGCCAAAAUUGAGUCAAUCUUGGAUUGGCAUCACACAAAUUUGCGUCGUGGUGCAGCAACCCUUGUACAGCACACUGCAUUGGCUCCCUUUCUUGGUCUUACGACAAGCCCUGAGGCUGUAGAACAAGCAGAGAAACUUCUAAUGCAGUCACUGGGGGUGAUUGAAUCGUUGUGGCUGAAAGGUGAUGCAAAGUUCUUGCUAGGUAACCCCCAGCCAUCGAUUGCAGAUCUGAGCCUUGUUUGUGAGAUAAUGCAAUUGGAGAUCCUUGGCGAUGAGGUCUGUGACCGAUUUCUGGGAGCUCAUGAGAAGAUCCUCAUCUGGAUGGAUAACGUGAGGAAAACCACGAGCCCUCAUUUUGAGGAAGCCCACGAGCUCCUUUUCCAAGUGAAGGCACGCAUGCUGCAAAGCAAGGCUGCCGCAUCAAACCAGGCUUUUGAGCCAAGCACAAAGCUCAAAAUAGCAUCGAAGCUCUGA